GCUCGGCGCGGGACAGCCCAAUGGACCUGCAGCUAGGCAGGGACUGAGGACAGAUGGGGCCCAGGGGCCCAGUCCCGAAUCUGCCAUCUGCAUCAGCAGCUGCCCCUGUGCAAAGAGGGUGGGACGUCCUCCUCUGGAGCUGGCCAGGAAUCAGGCCCCAGUCGGUCUCUGCGGCUGUGUUUGCCGGGCUGGCCCCCUCUGGCAGGGGACAGACAGACCCGGUCGCUGCUCUUCGGGAUGUGGGGAUGGGCGGCUGUUUCUGCCUGAUGCCAGCGCGGCCCCGGGGGGCUCGCAGCGCACCCCUUGGCGUCUCCAGAUAUGCCUAACGUUGCCCUUCCUCCCCAGCUGCACCGCUGGCCCCUGCCGGACAGACAGGCGCCAUGGUGGAGUACUACGAAGUGCUGGGCGUGCCCCGAAACGCCUCCUCAGACGACAUCAAGAAGGCGUACAGGAAGGCGGCGCUGAAAUGGCACCCGGAUAAGAACCCGGAGAACAAGGAACACGCCGAGCGGAAGUUCAAAGAGAUCGCGGAGGCCUACGAAGUGCUGUCGGACAGUAAGGGGCUGGCGUCUCCCCUCCCCCUUCGUUUCCUGACACCUGGCGCUGGACCCGUGGGGCUGGAAGGGCCCUCGAGGGCCCCCAGACCUGGCCGCAGCCUGCUGCUGAGGCCUCCCCAGUGCCGAGCAGAGCGGGCCAAUGACCCCCCG